GAUUGGCUGACGGGGCCGAGCCGGAUCGGCGCGCGCGGGCUCGGGCCGGCAGUCCGCCAUGAACUGCCUGACGGUGCCCGGUGUCCAUCCCGGCUCCCCCAGCCGGCCCCGCGGGCAGAUACAGGUGAUCUUCGGGCCCAUGUUCUCCGGGAAGAGCACGGAACUCAUGCGGCGAGUGCGACGGUUCCAGCUCGCCCAGUACCGGUGCCUGCUGGUGAAGUAUGCCAAGGACACGCGCUACAGCUCUUCAGGGGUCUCCACACACGACAAGAGCACCAUGGAGGCCCUGCCCGCCGGGCUCCUGCAGGACGUGUACCAGGAAGCGCUGCGUGCCGCCGUCAUCGGCAUCGAUGAGGGCCAGUUCUUCCCAGACAUUGUGGAGUUCUGCGAGACAAUGGCCAACACUGGGAAAACCGUCAUUGUUGCUGCUCUGGAUGGGACUUUCCAGAGAAAGGCCUUUGGGAGCAUCCUGAACCUGGUGCCACUGGCAGAGAGCGUGGUGAAGCUGAACGCGGUGUGCAUGGAGUGCUUCCGGGAGGCCUCCUACACCAAGAGGCUGGGAGCUGAGCGGGAGGUUGAAGUGAUAGGAGGAGCUGACAAGUACCACUCUGUGUGCCGAGCCUGCUACUUCCGCAUGCGACCCCAGCAGGCCGGGCCAGAGAACAAGGAGAACGUGCCCCUGGGGCUGAGGCAGCUGGAGACAGCCGUCCCUCGCAAGAUCCUCACUUGACUGCUGGGAUAACAGAGGGCAAGGGAGCUCAGUGCUGUGGCUCACGGGCACCAGGCCUGCCUCUCUGUACUUUAACAAACUGUUCAGUGCCUCAGCCCUUCCUACCCAACCUCCCCGCACCAAGCGCCACAACUGAGGAUCCACCACGCCUGAUGCUGGUGGAAGCUGAAGCAAAAGCCUGGCUAGAGUGAGUUCCCAUCUCAGAACAAGGAGAGAGACCAGCACAGCUACUGGUGCUGCCACACACAGGCCCUGGGGCACUGCACGUGGAGCCGGGCCGCAGUGCUGCCACUGCUCGCCGUGGCUCUGGCCAGCUCUCCAGUGCUCUAAGCAUGCUCAGGCUGCCACUGCUGCUUCUGCUGCCUGUCCAUGCAGCCCUUCUCUCUUAUGCACUUGCAAAAUUCCUGGUUUCUCAAGAUAAUGUACAGCCAUUCGUGUUUUUAAUGCAAUUUUUAACUUCCUUCCUUAACAGUCUGAGGUAACUUGUCCCUUGUCACAGAGCUGUGGCACAGUUUUAAACUGACACACACGUCAGCACAGCCCUGGGCAGGCCCCCAGCCUCUCUGCCAAGCAUGCUCCCGGGUGUCAAUUAUUGAAACAGAAGGAGGCCUGGCAGCUGACUCUUCUGAGGCGUUGAACCUCAAAGGGCUGCCUGUGUUCUAGCAGGCUGUGGCAGACUCGUUUGGAGGAACUGGUCCCAGGAAGAGCCUCCUCCAAAUUCAGGGCAGUUUUUCUCAGGUUCAAGGCUGGUGCUGCCAUUUUGGUGCUAUGUUACCUGUGAGGGGUUUGGAGGCUCAGAGUUUCAUCUACCAAGAUUUAGACAAUUAUUCUAGGGAAGACCCAGCUGCCUGGUAAUGGGGCUCUCCUGAGGAGCUGCUUCUCCAGUCUAGUCAUGUCUCUUGCUUUCUUCUCAGCCUUCCAAAAUUCUCGAGGCUGACUCUUAGUCUGCUCUAAGCUGACUGAAGGAUCCUCUUUCCUCUUUGUUAGACUCAGAUUCUGGAAAGUUGUUGUUUCCUUAUUGCCUGCAAAAGUGUGUUUUUCUCCUGCAAGUGUUUUUUGCCCAGCAUCCACAGGCUCCGAGCUCCAGAACAGCUUUGUUCUGGCCAGGCCAGACCUCUGCAUCUGAGUCCAGGGUUGCUAUUUGCCUGUGCCCUGGAAGGCUCCAAGAGCUACCUGAACACCCCCUGCUGCCCCCAUGUUUCAGGUGAGAGUUAUUGUAUUCACAAGCACUUGACUACCAGGCCUGGGCUUUCCCCCUAGGGCUGGGGAAGGCUCUGCUGCUGCUUUAGGUUAAUAAAUAAUUUAAUGAA